GAAUAGUUCUAUGUAGCACAUACAUUUUCGCACUAGUUAUCUUCCUUCUUGCAUUAAUAUGGCAAGCACCUUUUCUUGCUGAAUGAUCCUGCAACUUGUCAGAUUUUUCAGCAAUAUGAGCAACUUAGAUCAGAUGGGUAGCAGUGAUAUAGAAAAGGGUAAAGUGGAUGAAAGCGUUUCAAUUCAUCAAGACCGGAGAGGUAUGACUAUUGAACAAUGGAAACACACCUUCAAUUAUGAGCUUUUGGAGGCCAAAUCAUCACCUGUGCCUGUUUCAUGUUGCAUCUUCAAAGUUCCUGAGGUGCUACGAAGACAAGAAAAGGAGCCAUACGAACCUGACGUAGUCUCAAUCGGUCCCUUUCACCGAGGUGUUGAUAAAUUUCAACUCGUGGAAAAUGUGAAAAAAUGGUAUUUAAACUGUCUUUUCUUGCCCCUGCGCCAGCGCCAGCGCCAGACAGUAUUGAACAUGGAUAGCUUGAUUGAAAGCAUCAGGGGACAGGUAAUACGCGCCCGGGGUUAUUAUUCAGACCCAUGCUAUCAUCUUGACCAAAACGACUUCAUAGAGAUGCUCAUACUCGAUGGUUGUUUCUUAAUAGAAUUAUUUCGGAAGGCACCUUCUGAGCAUGCAGAUCGACAAGAUAAAGACGACCCUAUCUUCAACAUGCCUUGUAUGCUCGAAUACCUGUACCAUGAUCUUCUGUUGCUAGAAAAUCAGCUACCUUGGUUUGUGCUCGAGUCUAUCUAUAACCUAAUUGAGGAUGGUAGCCCUAUAGCACCCCUCAGUCAAGUAGUAAUAGACUUCUUCAAAAAUUCAGUGGCUGAACCUAAAAUUUUUAGCUAUCCCAAUCCCAAGUCUCCCAAGGUUGAGAUUCUUCACAUACUUGAUCUGAUAAGAACUUCCCUCGUUCAUGACCAUCUGGAACAUGCAAACCAACAGAAGACCCCGGCAUCAAAGUUGGUAAACCACUUGCCACAGAGGAUACCUAGUGCUGCUGCUCUUUCAGAGGCGGGAGUUAAAUUUAGAGAGGGCCCCUCAGGUUGCAUAUUGAACAUAACGUUCAAAGGUGGCGUUUUCACCAUUCCUCCUCUGGCUAUCGAUGAAAGGACAGGUCCUAUGUUCAGGAACCUUAUGGCCUACGAACAGUGUUAUGGCAGUUGCAAGCACAUGAUAACAUCCUACGCGGUUUUGAUGGAUAACCUCAUCGAUACGAACAAGGAUGUGGAUCUUCUAUGUGAAAAACAUAUACUAGCCAACUGGUUGAGUGCCGAUGAUGCUUCGAAGUUCUUCAACGAUCUAUACAAUGACACCACAGUCAUUGACUAUGUCUACAAGGGAGUUUGCGAUGAAGUGCAUUCAUAUCGCAAAGUACCAUGGCACAAGUGGAGAAAGAAAUUGAAACGUGAUUAUUUUGAAACACCAUGGUCUACUACCUCUUUUAUUGCAGCUUUUGUCCUCCUGGUCCUUACCUUCUUGCAGACCAUAUACACACUCGAACCGUACUAUCAUCCCCGGCCCGCUCAUGAAUAAUGUUGGAUGUCAGCUAUAUGUUUCAUUCUAUUAUGUUGUUUCCCUUUCAUUUUCUUUCAAGCUAACAAAAUAAGGCUUGGCCAUGGGAUUUGUAAACUAUUUUGAUGUUGAUACAUUAUAUAAUUGCUUUUUUUAAUACAUUAUAUAUUUUUUUAAUAAAAAAUCAG